AUGGAUCUUUCUACGACACCGGCAAUGCCGCCGCCGGAUGGCCAAACACCACAGUUUGAUGCACCCUACAAUUCUUUACAGAUUCGAACGGUAGUCGCUUUCGGAGUCACGUAUUUCUUCGCUUCAUUUUUCCUCGCUCUACGUUAUUUUCAGGCUGCCAAGCUGGUUAAACAGGUUGAGAUAGAUCUAAUUAUCCUCACUCUUGCUUACGGCCUCUCCUUGUACUACUUCAUAACAUUGGUCAACCUAAUGAGCCACGGCUGGGGGAAACAUCUGUGGGAUGUAUCGAUAGCACAAAUCACGGAGUUCAAUAAAGAAUUGCUCCCCAACACCCUGACCUAUUUGAUCACUCCCUCCAUCACUAAGAUGGCCAUGUUGGUCGUUCUGUUCCGCAUCAAUCCUUCGUUAAUUUACCGCUGCGUUGUUGUCAGCGCUGCCGUCGCAAUCCUCGCCUACACCUUGACCUUGACCAGCAUCACCGGCGGCCCGUGUAAUCCUCUAAAAUCUGGAACGACCACCUGUUUGGAGAACGUGGCUUUAGCACAAGCUGUGAUGAACAUUGUCUCCGAUUUUGCUGUCAUAGCUAUACCCAUCCCAACUAUCCACAGGCUUAAUUUUUCAUUGAAACAGAAACUCUCGGUUGGAUGCAUCUUAGCUAUAGGGUCCGGUGUCGUUAUUUGCUCCAUAGCUCGUCUACCGUACGUUCUCAUCCUCGACAAAACUACCGAUGUCACCUAUACCGAGGCCAUUCUGGGUGUGUGGUCAAUCGUCGAGAUCAACCUUGGCAUCACUUGCGGCUGUGCAAUGAGAUUAAAAUCGCUAGCCGUGAGAUACUUGCCCCAGCUUGGAUUCUUCUCUUCGAACAAACAUGAGAGCGAAACCCACAAUUCGAGGCGCAAAGGCCUCCACAAAGAUGGGGACAACGCCCAACGAUCGUACCAGCUUCACAACGUCCGUAAGGAAAGAAAUGAGCCAGGGUUCGACAGCGGAAUCAGCGACUUAUACAGACCCGGCCCGAGAAGCAGAGACUCGGAUAAUGAGAGCACUGAUAAAAUAUUGGGUUAA